AUGUCAACAAAUAGUAGAUUGGAAAAGAAAGUCGAAAAUGUAGAAGAUCAGAAAUGGUAUCAUGGAAUGCGUCCAAGACGAGAUAUUGAGUAAGUUAUUGGGUUACUGUAGAUAGAACACUUCGACAUACAGUAAGUUCAGAAUAAGAGUAAUUUGAGGAUUAUAGGCUCCCACAGUAAUCCUGAGAUACUAGAUAUCGAUUUUUCGUCAGAUGUUUCUGUCCAAACUACAGUAAUCCUUUGUAUUAGGAAGUAAAUAUGAAAAUAGAUAUACCUCAUUUCAAAAUUACGGUAUUUUAGAAGGUCACACGCCCAGCUACGCUUAGACUACAGUAAUCGUAGGAAAAUCCUACAGUGGAUUUCGUCCAUAAUUCGAUUUACAGUAGCGUAGAAAUUUCAAAAGUCAAAGUUUUGACCGACAAUAUUUUCCUACAAUAACUCUAUGAUUCUUGGCAAAAAUCCAAAACUUUUCAGACAUUUAUUAGUUCAAGAUGGUGAUUUUCUAGUUCGAGCUUCAGAUGGAAGAACAAAUAAUGUUGAAAUAAUAUUAUCAAUAAGAAGUGAAUCAAAAGGAAUAAUUCAUUUAACAUUAGCAACAAUUGAUGGAAAAUGGCAAUUAGGAGUUAUAAAUCGAGGUAAAAAAGUGCAAAAAUUCAAUUCAAUUCCACAAUUAAUCACAUAUUACAAAAAUCAUAAAUUAUCAAAUUCAUUAAUUUUGAAACGCGGAGUUCAUCGACCAGUUUGGCUUAUAACUCAUGAUAAAGUAAAAUAUGAUACAACGAAAGAUGAAUUGGGAACUGGUAAUUUUUGCACAGUUUAUAAAGGAAAAUAUGAUAAAGGAGAUGAUCAAAUAGUUGAUGUUGCUGUUAAAAUAUGUCAUAAUAAUGAACAAGAUGAAAAUAAAGAUGGAAAAAUAACAAAUGAAACAAGAGCAGCUCGAGAAAUGAUGUUGAGUGAAGCAAAAGCAAUGUCACAUUUUGUACAUAAUUAUAUUAUUCAAUUAUAUGGCGUAGCUUGUGAUCAUCCGCCUAUUUUAAUUGUUAUGGAAUAUUGUCCUGGUGGAAGUUUAGACAAACAUUUACAAAAAGAAAAAGAUGAUAUUGAAAUUGGUGAAAGAUUGUGUUAUAUUUUGGAAGCUGCAAGAGGAAUGAGAUAUUUACAUUCAAAGAAUUGUGUUCAUCGAGAUCUUGCGGCAAGAAAUUGUUUGAUUUCAGCAAAUGGUUUUAUUAAAAUAUCUGAUUUUGGAUUAUCAAAAUUAAUGGAUGGAAAAAGUGAAGAAGAAACAAUGGAUGAAGAAUCACCACAGAUUCCACUUCGAUGGAUGGCACCAGAAUCAUUGAAAAAACCAAAAAAAUAUUCAAAAGCUUCAGAUGUUUGGUCAUUUGCUGUUUUGAUGUUUGAGGUGAGAUUUGAUCCAAAAAAUAGUUGAAAUACAUUUUAAAAUUGUAAAAAUAAAUUGAACUUUUUUUGGCUUUCUUUCUUUAAAUAUGCUCAAUCGCUGAAAUUGUACCCGAAAUUUUAUUUUUCAGAUCCUCGACAAUGGCGAAAAACCAUGGCCAGAUUGGCCGGCAAAGAAAAUCGCAACACAUAUUCGAAAAUGCACAAUGCCAAAUUUCCCCGAAAAAUCACCGGCUGAAAUCAAAGAGCUCGUCUCAAAAAUAUGGGUUCAAAAUCCAUUGGAUCGUCCAUCAUUUCGUGAUAUUUGCAUCAAAUUAUGGAAAGUUUUGAAGAAAUCACCACCUCCAAAACCAUCGAAAUUUGCAUUGAACAAAUUGAAAGGAGUUGAACGAACUGCUGUUUUGAGAGUGAGUUUCUGAAUUUUUCAUAAAUUUUUUCUCAAUGAAUCCAAUUUACAGGAAACGGAUGUAAAUGGAGAUGAACAAACAGAUCCAACAGUUCGAGAUUCUCAAGAUUUACCAUCAGCCAACAAAUCGGUUAUGGACAAAGAUUCUUAG